GGCGUCGGCGUCGGCGCGCGCUCCAGAACGAGGCUGUGCGGCUGGGGAGGGAGCUUGGAGGCGGCGGCGGCGGCGGCGGCGCCCCAGAGCCGAGGGGACGCACGGGCCUCGCGCCGCAGGAGCGGACAGCUGCGGAGGAAACCCCGGGCUCGCGUCCCGAGGCGGGAAAGCUUGGCCUGUCGACUGCCCGCCUUAGAGGUCGCCGGCCGCGUCCCUUGCCUGGAGUGGCCGCCGCCCCUGGAGACUCGCCGUGACACGGGCCUAAGCCGCGGCGACCGCGGGCGUCCGGACCGCUGGGAUCCGUCGGGCCGGGCUGGGCCGGGUCGGGACGAGAGUCCGGGCAGGUGCCGCACCCCAGGGCCGACUCGGGGCAAGGUGCCCACCGCGCGGCCCGCGGGCUGGACUCAGCGGAGGGACCGCCCGCGCGGCCCCCCCCGCCCACCCGGUGGGUCGGAGCCCGAGUUGCGCCCCGCCUUCCCCGGGGACGCCCGGCCGGAGCGGCGGGAGCCAGGAGAGCCCGCGCCCGCCGCCGCCCGCCGGGCUCGCGCGGGAGAGUAGGGAGGAGAAACUUUGCCUUUUAUUGUUGUUUUAGUCCUUAAGUGCCAGGAACCCUGUUGGGAGGGAAAAUGUCCUUCUUCAAUUUCCGUAAGAUCUUCAAAUUGGGGAGCGAGAAGAAGAAGAAGCAGUACGAACAUGUGAAGAGGGACCUGAACCCGGAGGAGUUUUGGGAAAUUAUAGGAGAAUUGGGUGACGGAGCCUUUGGGAAAGUGUACAAGGCCCAGAAUAAAGAGACCAAUGUUUUAGCUGCUGCAAAAGUGAUUGACACCAAAUCUGAAGAAGAACUUGAAGAUUACAUGGUUGAAAUUGAUAUUUUAGCAUCUUGUGAUCACCCAAAUAUAGUCAAGCUUCUAGAUGCCUUCUAUUAUGAGAACAAUCUUUGGAUCCUUAUUGAAUUUUGUGCAGGUGGAGCAGUGGAUGCUGUGAUGCUUGAACUUGAGAGACCAUUAACUGAGUCCCAAAUACAAGUAGUUUGUAAACAGACCUUAGAGGCAUUGAACUACUUACAUGAUAAUAAAAUUAUCCACAGAGAUCUAAAGGCUGGCAACAUUCUUUUUACCCUAGAUGGAGAUAUUAAGUUGGCGGAUUUUGGAGUAUCAGCUAAAAACACAAGGACAAUUCAAAGAAGAGAUUCCUUUAUUGGCACACCAUAUUGGAUGGCUCCUGAGGUAGUCAUGUGUGAAACAUCGAAGGACAGACCUUACGACUACAAAGCUGAUGUUUGGUCCCUGGGUAUAACUUUAAUAGAAAUGGCUGAGAUAGAACCACCUCAUCAUGAGUUAAAUCCAAUGCGAGUGCUGCUAAAAAUAGCAAAAUCUGAGCCCCCUACAUUAGCACAGCCAUCAAAAUGGUCUUCAAAUUUUAAGGACUUUCUAAAGAAAUGCUUGGAAAAAAAUGUAGAUUCCAGGUGGACAACGUCUCAGCUACUGCAGCAUCCCUUUGUUACUGUGGAUUCCAAUAAACCAAUCCGAGAGUUGAUUGCAGAGGCAAAGGCUGAAGUAACAGAAGAAGUUGAAGAUGGCAAAGAGGAGGAAGAUGAUGAAGAAACAGAAAAUUCUCUGCCAAUACCUGCAAGUAAGCGUGCCUCCUCUGACCUUAGUAUUGCCAGCUCUGAAGAAGAUAAACUUUCACAAAAUGCUUGCAUUUUGGAAUCUGUCUCAGAAAAAACAGAACGCAAUACUCCUGAAGAUAAAUUUAACAGCAGAGUUCUUGAUGAAAAACCCACUACUGGUGAGCCUGAAAAAGCUGUGGAGGGUAUUGAUGAACAUAUUAAUGAUACUCACUUAGAAGCUAUGGCUGAACUCCAUAAGAGAACAAUAAUCAAGGAAAAUGGGAGAGAGGAGAAGAGACCCAAGCUUGAAAAUCUGCCUGACCAAGAAGCAGCAGACAUGAAUUCAGUCAAUGAAGGAAAAGAGAAUAAUAUGAUAGUUUUAGAAACAAAUAUUGAACAGAAUCUGAAACCUGAGGAAGAAAGGGAUCAGGAAAAGCAACAGAUACUUGAAAAUAAGGUUAUAAAAUCUGAAGAAGAAAUUAAAGAUACUGCUAUUCAAACAAUGGAUUUAGUUUCUCAAGAGACUGGUGAAAAUGAGGCAGAUAUUCAGGCAGUUGACAAUGAAGUUGAGCUUACAAAGGAAGACACCCAAGAGAAUUUGGCCAAAGAAGAGAAAACUAAAAAAGAUGUGGUUAGUGAUAUAAGUAAUGUGAUAGGAACAAAUGAAGCCUUAGAUGUUGCACAGAAGGCGGCUGAAAACAGUGCUAAGGACGCUCGGAGUAAUGACGGAAAAGAAAUGGUUGAAGCAAGCCAGGAACUAGCAAGUAAACGCACAGAGGGUCCUGAAGUUGGUGGUACUGAGGAAGUUUCUGUUAGAGAAAGAGUUGAAACUAAUGAGUUAGAUAAAAAAUCUUUAGAAGGUAAAGGUGAGAAGCAGUUAAUCAGCAGUUCCGAAGACAUAGUGGAGACUAGUGAGGAACCCAGGACAAAUGAAGCUGAGGAAAUUACUGAAUCAAGUAGCACUGAAGAAAUAGAGAUCAGAAGUGAAGUGAUUCAUACUGACCAGAAUGCUUCAGGAAGUGAAACACAGGAUGCCCAUGAAGCCACUACUCAGACAGAUACAGAGCAAAAAGAGAUUCCUUGUGAAGUGCCAGUUAAAACAGAACCUGAAGUUACUGCCACUUCACAGCCCAGUGAACCUCAGCCUGUUCCAAUACCUAGCAUUAAUAUCAACUCUGAAGAUGCAGAAAAUAAAGGGGAAAUAGGUACUUUAUCAAAAACUGAAACCACGUUGCUACCAGAAUCUGAGACGCAAAAGGAAAAUGAUACUGAUUCAGGCACUGGUUCCACUGCUGAUAAUAGCAGCAUUGACUUGAAUUUAUCCAUCUCUAGCUUCUUAAGUAAAACUAAAGACAGUGGAUCAAUAUCUUUACAAGAAACAAGAAGACAAAAGAAAACACUGAAGAAAACACGCAAAUUUGUUGUUGAUGGUGUAGAAGUGAGUGUAACAACAUCAAAGAUAGUUACAGAUAGUGAUUCCAAAACUGAAGAAUUGAGGUUUCUUAGACGUCAGGAACUUCGGGAAUUAAGAUUUCUUCAAAAAGAAGAGCAAAGAGCCCAACAACAGCUCAAUAGCAAAUUGCAGCAGCAACGAGAACAGAUUUUCCGGCGCUUUGAACAAGAAAUGAUGAGCAAAAAACGACAAUAUGACCAAGAAAUUGAGAAUCUAGAAAAACAGCAGAAACAGACUAUUGAACGUCUAGAACAAGAACACACAAAUCGCUUGCGAGAUGAAGCCAAACGCAUUAAAGCAGAACAAGAGAAAGAGUUGUCUAAAUUUCAGAAUAUAUUGAAGAACCGCAAAAAGGAGGUUAUUAAUGAAGUGGAGAAAGCACCCAAAGAGCUGAGAAAAGAGCUCAUGAAACGCAGGAAAGAGGAGCUUGCACAAAGCCAGCAUGCUCAGGAACAAGAGUUUGUUCAGAAGCAACAACAAGAAUUAGAUGGCUCACUGAAAAAGAUCAUCCAACAGCAGAAGGCAGAGUUAGCCAAUAUUGAAAGAGAGUGCCUGAAUAACAAACAACAACUCAUGAGAGCUCGAGAAGCUGCAAUUUGGGAGCUUGAAGAACGACACUUACAAGAAAAACACCAGUUGCUCAAACAGCAGCUUAAAGAUCAGUAUUUCAUGCAAAGACAUCAGUUACUUAAGCGCCAUGAGAAGGAAACAGAACAAAUGCAGCGUUAUAAUCAACGACUUAUUGAGGAAUUGAAAAAUAGACAGACUCAAGAAAGAGCAAGACUGCCUAAGAUUCAGCGCAGUGAAGCCAAGACUCGAAUGGCCAUGUUUAAGAAAAGUUUGAGAAUUAACUCAACGGCCACACCAGAUCAGGACCGUGAAAAAAUUAAACAGUUUGCUGCUCAAGAAGAAAAGCGGCAGAAAAAUGAGAGGAUGGCUCAGCAUCAAAAACAUGAAAAUCAAAUGCGGGAUCUUCAGUUGCAGUGUGAAGCCAAUGUCCGAGAGCUGCAUCAGCUGCAGAAUGAAAAAUGCCACCUAUUGGUUGAGCAUGAAACUCAGAAACUAAAAGAGUUAGAUGAGGAACACAGCCAGGAGUUAAAGGAAUGGAGAGAGAAAUUGAGACCUAGGAAAAAGACACUGGAAGAAGAAUUUGCCAGGAAACUGCAGGAACAGGAAGUUUUCUUUAAAAUGACCGGCGAGUCUGAAUGCCUUAAUCCAUCAACACAGAGUCGAAUUUCCAAAUUCUAUCCUAUUCCUAGUUUGCAUUCCACUGGAUCAUAACAAUGGGAAGCAUUCUGGUUUGGCUUUUAAAAUAUAUCAUUUUGUUCUCUUCAUCUUCUGCCACAGUCUACAUUAGAGAGUGCAUGAAGACAAUCACCUGCCUCACCUUCUAGGUGUUUUUUGUUUGUUUGUUUGUUUGUCUUGUUUGUUUAGCAAAGAUGAAGGGAAAGGAACUAGAUAGAUGCUGGGCCGUGUUGGCAUAUUAGCAUCUUGCAGCAAUUCCCUAAGGUGAUUUUGUAUAUUAAUCUUAAAAACUGAGUUCUUUAGACACUGUUACCUAAAAAAUUCUUGAGAUAUAAUGUUUAAAGUAAUUUUUUUAAAAAAAACCUGUUAUAUCACUGAGUAUUAGUAUCUUUUUUUCUUCAACGAUGCCUGAAAUCUCUAGUUGAAACUCUGCGCUAGAGAGUUGGAAUACUUUUCUUUUGGUGAAUCAGCUCAUGAAAAAGCUAUGAAUUGCUCACACUGUAAUACUGACUCAUUAAAUAAAUCAAUUUUAUCUUUAAAUAUCAACAAAUUCUUCUAAAAGAGAAAAAUUAUCAGUAUUCUGUCUAAAAUAAUUUACCUGUUUAGGCAUGACCUAAUAAUCAAGGGUGCUAGUUUUAUUAAGACAGUGCCUAAAACACUAAAUUUCAGUUAAGUCUAAAAUAGGAUUUUCUUUUUGAUUUGACAGGGUUAAAACAUCCAUAGCAUUAAUCAUUAUUGUUUUUUAAAUCUUGCUUCUAUUAUUAUUUGAUAGAAAUUUUCAUCCUAACACAUGUUGUACAAAGUUAGAAACAUGAAAAAAAAAAAAAAGGCAUUUAGAUGUCCAUAUUGGAAAUGUAAAACUCACCAAAUUAAAAAUAUAUAUAUAGAUUUAGCUCUCCCAGCUUAUUUUUUAAAAUAAUACAUGAGUUAGUUAACUGACUAGCAAAUUUUGUUCAUUGAAAACUGUCAGAGGCCUGCUGGCUCUGAGUUAUAUUUAUAAAUGUAUUUUCUGAAAUUGAUUUUAAAAGAGGCAUUUAUUUAGAAUACGUUAAAAAAUAUUAAGUAAAAUAUUUAGCCAAAUGUUGGACAUGACUUGUUUUAAAAUAAAGUCAUUUAUAUUUUGGUUUUAUUUUGUUCCAUGUUUAAAUUAUUUACUUUGAUUUGAGUGGGAAAAGCCUGAAACCUUUGUCAUGUGGUUGCUGAUAUGUGUAAUUAUUAAUGAAAUGCUCACUCUUAGUCCCUCUUGAGGCUUAGAAUUUCAGUCACGUGUCAGGUCAAACAGUAUUAUGAACUGUACUGUGGUGUGUGAGACAGCACAUUUCUAAGUGAUGCUUGCUGCCUGCCAUCUGCAACCUCUUUCUCUUUUAAGAGUACUAGGUACCAAAUUGUACAAGUUUCAGUUUUUGUUGUAUUACAUUUGAUGCUAGUGAAAAUUUGUUACUGUGGGAACACUUAUUCAUAUUAAGAAAAUGUAAAUAUCUGUAGCACUUUCUUGCAGUUAAUUUGAAAACUUUGAAUGCUGAACCUUAUUUUGUCAGUGGUUUAGAUGAUUUAAAUGCAUGCAUGAUUUUCAUUUUGUAAUUAUUUUAACAAGCAUAAUUUGCUUGGACAACUUUGUAGGUAGCCUUAACUUCUGGCCAAGUUUUUUUUAAAUAUAAAUAUAUGUAUACAUAUAUAUUAUGUAUGGUUGUAAAUUCAUACACUUAUCACAUGAAUGUGUUACUGUAUACAAAACUCCUUUGAUCCUUUAUUCUCAAAUGUUGAGUUGAAAAAUGUUUUGAAAGUCUUUUAAAAUAUAUAUCUUUAUGAAGUAAUAUUCAGGAUGAUGGAAAUUGUUUAUAUUAUGAUAAAAAUGACAGUAUAAAGUUA